AUGCCUGGAAGCCGAAGCAGUGGCUGUCUUCUCUGUGUGCAACGUCACGUAAAGUGCGACGAGACGCUCCCCGGCUGCGCACGAUGCGAGAUCUACGGGAGAGAAUGCCCUGGGUAUGAUCGCGGGUUCAAAUUCGUGGCUGGCAAGCCCUUUCGCACGCCACGUCGUUUGAAAAAGCCAUCGGCGGCUAGCCAGGGUGUUGCACUACAGACCCGCUACCCCAGUCCCGGACCGGCACCAUCGAGGGAUUUGAACAUGGCCCAGAGCUUACAGAACAUCGUCUACGACCUCGCCUGGCCGUAUACGACGGCUUCAGCGUACGCGGUUGCGCGAUGGCUACGUUUCUUGCCAGAAUUCUACGGCCGGAAUCGGACGCUGGAUGCCGCUGUUAAUUGCUUCGUCGCGCAUCAUAUCGGCCACAUGACACAGAACGUGCAGGCGGUGCGCUAUUCGCGGUCUACGUAUGUCAAGGCAUUGACGGCCCUUCAACGCGCGCUGGACGAUCAUGUUCAGUCGGUCUGUCCGGAGGUGCUGUGUGCUGUUAUUUUGCUGUGCAUGUACGAGCUGUUUGCAAACUCCACCGACUCGACCUCGUGGAUGAAGCACGCCAAGGGGCUGGGUCAGUUGGUCAGAUUUCGCGGACCUAGUCGCUAUCGUGGGGAGUUCGAAAAUAACCUGCUCAAGGCAUCCCUGGGGCUCAUUGUCAUGCACUCAGUCUUCUCCGGCGAGGAGUGCUUUCUUGCAGGGCAUGAGUGGCACGCAGUCAUGCAACAAGUCUCUGACAACAUCAUCUCGCAUCAGAUCCAAGUCGAAAUUGAAGAUCUCUUCGCCUCAUUCACCUCCAUCCCGGAUCUAAUCCAUAGGAUGUUCAAGAUCCGCACUGCGAACCAUACGGAUCCAGACACUCAGCUCGAAAUAUCCAAGCUCAUUUCCGAGACGCUUGCAAUGCGGGACAAGCUCGAAAUGUGGUACGAGCGCUUCACCCAACUCGUGCCGCCGCUCAGCGAGGUCCCUUCGUCGGCGAACGAUGUGCUUUACCCGAUAGUGUUCUACUAUGCCAGUGCUGACACCGCGCCGAUAUUCUGCGCCUACUAUGCCUACAUGACUAUUGUGCACCAGGUGCUGCGAACCACAAGCUUCGGAAUUCCCAGCACCCAGGCGAUGUAUAUGGUAUUCUACCGCGACCAGAUCUGUAAAUCCGUCGAGUAUACCGCGUGCGGGCUGUUGGGACCAUUACGGAUGGCGUUCCCCCUGCGCGUGGCCUAUGAAGUGGGUGAUUCUCCAACGAAGGCAUGGAUUGAAGGGUGGCUACAGCGGUUGUCGCAGCACUAUGGUGCUUUGAGUCUGCGAACCUUCAAACAGUAA